UCUGAGAACUCAAGACGAACACGAACAUGGAUGAUCACCGAGUGUUCAAAUGGUAACGUCCAAGUCUUGAGGACGGUCAAAAAUGGGGUGUCUACUCACAAAACCAUCUGUAAGUCACUUAAGAGUUUUUGGGUGUAUUGCUUAUGCUUUGGUAAAUUCUCAAUUUUGUCAUAAACUUGAUGAAAAAUUUGAAAAAUGUAUUUUCAUUGGUUACUGUGCAUAAUCCAAAGCAUAUAGAUUAUAUAACCCUCUUAGUGGUAAGUUUUUAAUUAGAAGGGAUGUAGUAUUUGAUGAAAAUGCAAGCUGGGAUUGGCGUAGAAGUGAUGAGAAGAUGCACCAACAGGUUCCUAUGUCCAUUGGAAUCUCUCCAAAUGAAAGUCAAGAGCCAACUCCGACAAAUUCAUCUGGUUCCUCUAUGGCGUCACCCAGUUCACCAAGGAGAGACUCUUCAUCCACUCUUGAAAAGUCUUCGGAUGAAACACCGCCCAGAGAGUUUAGAUCCUUGGGAGACAUUUAUGAGUCUUGCCAAUUUGCUUUUACUGUCUCAGAUCCUACAACUUAUGGAGAAACAGCUGCAAAAGAAGAAUGGCAAAGAGCGAUGAUUGAAGAAUUGACAGCAAUUGAAAAGAACGGAACAUGGUUGAUGAUGGACUUGCCGGAAGGCAAAAAUGCAAUUGGCUUGAAGUGGGUAUUUAAGACAAAAUUUGGUGCAGAUGGAAGUAUACAAAAGCACAAAGCUCGGUUUGUGGCGAAGGGAUAUGCACAUCAACAUGGUAUUGACUUCGAAGAAACCUUUUCUCCAGUAGCUCGUUUUGAAACUGUAAGGAGUGUGUUAGCAUUGGCUGCACAAUUACAAUGACCUGUUUAUCAAUUUGAUGUGAAGUCAACAUUUUUAAAUGAAGAUCUACAAGAGGAAGUUUAUGUAACUCAACCAAAAGGUUUCAUGAUUGAAGGCAAAGAGACAAAGGUGUACAAGUUGAGAAAGGCGUUGUACGGAUUGAAGCAGGCUCCUCGGGCAUGGUACAACAAAAUUGAUGGAUACUUUCAGCAAAAUGGAUUCUUGAGAAGUGAGAAUGAACCCACUCUCUACGUGAAGAAGGAAGGUAAAAAUGAUUUCAUCAUUAUUUGUCAUUAUGUGGAUGAUAUCAUUUAAAUCACGUAUGAUGCAUGAGUUUGAAAUGUCUGAUAUGGGUUUGCUGCAUUAUUUUCUUGGCCUUGAGGUCUAACAAGCAGAAGAUGGGAUUUUUAUUUCAAAAAGAAAAUAUGCCAAGGAUCUUCUUAAUAAAUUUGGCAUGCUUAAUUGUAAACCAGCAACUACACCCAUGAAUAUCAAUGACAAAUUGUAGUGUGAAGAUAGGGCAGAAAUGGAUGAUGCUAGCAGAUUCAAAAGCCUGGUUGGUGGUUUAAUUUAUCUAACAUACACUCGACCCAAUAUUGCAUUUUCUGUUGGUAUGAUUCCCAAGUUUAUGCAACAUCCUUCAAAGCUUCAUUUUGGAGCAACAAAGCGGGUCUUGCGUUACAUCGCUGGAACUAUGGAUUAAGGGAUUUGGUACUCAAAAGUUUUCAAUUUCAAAUUAUGUGGGUUCACGGACUGCGAUUGGGCAGGUUCAUUGGAUGAUAGGCAGAGUAUUUCAGCAAAUGUUUUUACUCUUGGAUCAGGAGUAAUCACAUGGAGCUCAAAGAAGCAAGCCACAAUAGCAUUGUCAUCCUCAGAAGCUCAAUAUGUUGCAGCCACUUUAGUAGCUUGUCAAGCCAUAUGGUUAAGGAGAAUGUUGGCUGAACUUCAACAAAGGCAAGAGGGAGCAACAGAGAUCUGUUGUGACAACGAGGCAACCAUCUUUAUGACAAAAAAUUCAGCAUUUCAUAGUAGAACAAAAGAUAUAGCUAUGUGUUUCCAUUUCAUUCAUGAUUUGGUUGCGAAGAAGAAUAUUACUUUAAAGUACUGUGGCACUCAUGAGCAGCAGGCUGAUAUACUAACGAAGUCUUUGUCGAAAGAAAAAAUUUUCUACUUCAGAGCUUUCCUUGGCGUUUGCAACUUUGAAUCAAGAGGGAGUGUUGAAGAAUGAUUCAAAGUCUAACUGGGUUUAUUAGUAGUGUCCGUAAUUUACUGAGUUUGUUUAGUCAAUUGGAGAGUUGAUAUUGUUACUAAUAUUAUGCUAGUGGUUGUAAUAGGUUUACGUUAGUGAUUUAGUGGUCCAUAAAAUUCUGUUUGGUUGUUUUGGUUGUAAGCCUAUAUAUAGGCACAUUUGCUUCAGUAUUUUAAAAAAUUGAAUAAGACAACCCAAAAGUUCAGAUUUUCUAUAUUUCUUUGCCUCUGUUUUCUUUGUUUUUGCCUCUGUUUCAGUGUUAUUCAUUUUUAUCUCCAACAGAAAGAGUUGUCUUAAAGCACGUAUAUAUGAGCCAUAUGGCUGUAUACUCUCUCAAAUUUCAUUUAGUUUAUAGAAUUCUUAAAGUGCUUUUGGAAUUGUCUAAUGUAAUCUUAUCCUAGGUGUGAUGCAAACAUGAGCAACCUCUAAUUAUGGUUUACAGAACUUGGUUUUCCUUGUUUAACUAGCCAUUUCUUACACCUCUUAGAAAGCUUUUAAUAAUUCUACCAACCACGAGGCACACCAACAGAAAUUAGCUCUAAAAGGCCUUCUACCACCGUGUUGUCCUGAAACAACAUUGUUGCCAUCACAGCUUGCAGGAGAGUGUUCCUAAGCACCACUUUGGAAUAAAGAAAUAAUAAUAGAGGUGGCUAAAUCUAAUCAGAAUUUUGAAGUUGUGAUGCAGGGGUUUCAAAUUAGUUGAGGGAUCAAACUAUGUUUUUCAUUGUGAGACUUGGAUUAUUGAGGAAAAAUAUAAAGAAUGGUUUUUUUUUU